UAUUUCGAUUUUUCGAUAUUCGUGAAAUCGGUCAGACUGUCAGACAUAACCUAAAAAAGCUAAAAUCUAGUGCUCAACAUUUUUACUAAUUUGUAUUGUAGAUUAUAAAUGUAAUUAUGUAAUUCUACGUAGUUUAUUUUUAUCAUAAAAACCUCUUCUCUCUUAUUGAUUUUUAAUUGUUUACAUAAGAGUGAAUUCUAUAAAAUAAAAGUACCUAUCUAUUAUUAUUGUUAACCUUACCGUGUUCAAAAUGAGUGCGCUGUUCCAAAGACUCACUACUACACUGUCGUCAAUGUUUCAAACACCUUUUAGUACCAUUCUGGCUCAGGGCAAGCACUCGUUAGAGUACAUGCACAGACGAGGUCCUGUCACCAAGUACCGUCCCAACAAAAACCCGAUCAUGAGCAAGCCGCAGGCGAAGGGCAUUGUGUUGAAGGCGCUCAUAAAGAAGCCAAAAAAGCCCAACUCGGCGAACCGGAAGUGCGUUCUGCUCCGACUCAGCACCGGAAAGGAAAUGGUGGCGUUUGUGCCGGGCAUUGGGCACAACCUUCAGGAGCACAACGUUGUCCUUGUCGAGACGCACAAACUGAAAGACACGCCCGGAGUCAAACUCAGGUGCAUUCGCGGCAAAUACGAUCUGCCGCAUGUUAUCAAACCUAAACAGUAGGGAUGGUUACUAGUCAUUUAGUUGUUUUCAGGUUAGGCUGGUCACUAAAGUAACGUUUCACAUGUCUGGUACAUCUGUAUAAAGUCGAAAACCUGAACGUCUAAUGCUAAUCUGGGGGACAGCCAGGUUAUAAUAUAAGUUGUGAUUCUAUAAAAUACAAGUUAUAACUCAAUAUUAUAACAGUUACGAUAUAAUAUUACUCAAAUCAAAUUUAUUUCCUCAGAAAUACAGCAAAAAUAUCAGCAUUUACAAAUUAUACAUUAAUAAUUUUCAACUUAAUUUCAUUUAAUUAUAUGAAAAUAAAACAAACCUGAAUCAAUUUGACAAAGAAUUCAAAACAAUGCUAGGUUAUUGAAUUAAUCUUAAGUUACUGUAAUAAUAAAUAAUAAAGGGAAAAGUUUAGAUAGGCAACAUCUGUCUGUGCGUAAGCUAGAAUUGAGUUUAUUGAAUUGAAUUUGAAUUUAUUUGUUUCCAACAAAAUACAAGCAUACAAUGUGCAUUUAUACACAGCAUACAAAUAGAAUAAGUAAAGUUCACAAUUACUACUGAAACUACGCUCAAUUGAAUCUUAAGGUUUGAGAGUAUUAUAGGAAAAUUUAAAAAGGAAAUGAAUGAAGGAAGGAAAGUCAACUGUUAUUAUAUAAGGGAUUCUAUAAAAUACAAGUUAAAUUUUUACUUGUAAUUUGACUGUAAUCUAACACUUUGAUUAAUGAACAGUUCAAAUAGGAAACUUCGAGGAACUUCAUAGGAACCUAAUGAACAGUUUAAUAGGAAACUUUGACAUUAAAGGGGUAUAUCACUCCUUCACACUCUAAUUGUGCAAUGCCCAUGCACUGUUAAGGUAUCACUCUGCUAAACUUACAUUGAGAUCUGGUGGCUUCUUCCUUUUCAGUCUCCUCACUGUGUUAGAGUUGUCAAUGAGGUGUAGACAAAUAUAUAAGUUAUAACUUGAUAUUAUAAAAUUUAUAAUAUAAAUUUUAUAAUGUAAGGCUGUGGCUUCCCAAUGCAUGUAGGUCUGCAAAGUCUGCAGACGAAAAUCUGUUGCACAGAUGAACUGAGAAGAUUCAGGGCCAGACCAUAUUAAGCAUUUUAUCAAGUGCUUUUUCAGGCGCCAAUCCAAUCAGCCAAUCGGAGAGCUUUCUGUUUUGCCGACUCUAGAAAACGCCUGAAAAAAGCGCUUAAUAUGGUCUGGCCCCUAUUUGUUUUUCGGACAUGUGAUACAUAACAUUAGUGGCCGGCCUUACGUUCAUAAUGUGAGUUUUAACAGACUAUGGACUAGUUUUGUGAAUUCAAAUUGAUAGUUUGUUGAAGAUAUAUUGUGCAUUUUUGUUAUAGAUAAUAAAAUAAGACUAUAUAAAACUGUGUUGGAGAUAAAUCUGAUUUUGUUUUCGAUUAUAAAAAAUAGCAUACUACUAUC